AUGGCGAUGGAAUGGAUUACGGCAAUAGAUAAACGGCCUUGUGACCGGAAUCUUCGUGACUGUGAGCUCAUAUCGUGCCGUUUGCGACGAGUCGAGCCGCUAUGCCGAUUACCAGGGUCAGCUCUGCAGCAGUUGGCUAUGUGUGGUUUCUACGAGGAUCUCGAAAAGGGUGUAACGUUAUUCCGUGCCGGUGAGCAGGGACGCUACUGGUAUGCAGUGCUGGGAGGACAGCUCGAGGUGCGAUACCAUGCGGCUGACACGAAAGAUGGAAAGCUGUCAGUAACACUAUGUAAUUUGGGCGUUGGGGCCACCUUCGGCGAGUCCAUCCUGCACGAUCUGCCCCGGGACAGUACGGUAGUGACGAAAACAACCUGCGAGCUGCUGCGAGUGGAGCAGCAAGAUUUCAGACUGAUUUUUGAGAAAAAUAAAGAAUUAAUGAACGACAUAAUCACGAACUGUAGGCUAAAAAAUGGAUUUGGUCAGAGCAUGCAGACGACCAGCACGGUCCAGACGAGCGUGCAGCAGCAACCGUCGCCAACGAAAAAGCAGCUCAGCCCGGAUCAUCCAAAUCCUGCCGCACCAAUUACGGAGAUACCAAGCCCCGCAAUGUCCCGCAUGGGUUGGGCCCUCCGGACUCUUCUAGUGUCAGACAAUACAAGCUGUUUAAAGGACCGAAAGGUGGGUGGAAAAUUCAUAAGGAAAUGUGCGCCCGGCACGGAGCUGGUCGAAUGGUUGCUGAAUCUCUCACCGAUCGUGCACACGCGAACGCAGGCAGCCGGUAUGUGGCAGGCGCUACUGGAGGAGGGUGUCCUGUGCCACGUGGCAAAAGAGCAACCGUUCAAAGACAAGUGCUUUCUGUAUCGCUUCAAGUCGGACGAGGACGGUACGGCUGGCGGUGCGCCAACGUCCGACGACGUUAACCACGCGAACGAUCACAUCCGGGAGGCACUUCCGGCGCUACUGCAUCGCGGCCCGGAUGCAACGCUCCGUAUGAUUUUGAGAAAACCAUCGCACGAACGAACGCAGGAGGAGCUGGAGCUAGUUUACGAGGAGCUGCUACAUAUCGCCGCCCUGUCGCACCUGUCAACCUCCAUCAAGCGGGAGCUGGCCUCCAUUAUCGUCUUCGAAGCACACGCACAUGCCGGCACCGUAUUGUUCAACCAAGGUGACGAAGGACGAUCGUGGUACAUCCUGUUGAAAGGUUCGGUCGACGUAGUUAUCCACGGUAAGGGAACGGUUGCAACGCUCAAGGAAGGAGACGACUUUGGAAAGCUGGCACUCAUCAACGACGCACCCAGGGCGGCCACGAUCGUGCUGAAGGAGAACAACUGUCUUUUGCUGCGCGUGGACAAGGAACACUUCAACCGUAUCCUACGCGAUGUGGAAGCGAACACGCUACGGCUACAGGAACAUGGCAAGGACGUACUAAUACUGGAACGGGUUGCCAAACAGCGCGGAUACUCGGCAUUCAAAUACACUGUCAUGUCUGGUACGCCACAGAAAAUGCUCGAACACCUGCUCGAGACCCGGCUCGGUGGUCAAGCGGGACCGAAUGAUCCGUUCCUGGAUGAUUUCUUGUUGACGCACAUCGUCUUCAUGCCGACACCGUUGCUGAUUGACGAGCUGGCCGCCAACUACCAUGCCGAUGCGGACAUUGACCUGCGGCAGGCUAGUGAAGAGGAUCAAGAAUAUUUCCUCACCAGCAAACGGCGCGUGGUGCAGUUCAUUCAACGGUGGGUGCUAGCUGUUCGGCAUGCCGUGUUCGAUGACCCGUUAGCAGUGGAAUUCAUAGAGGAGCUCGCUACGGACGUGGAGGCGGAACCGGCACUGCAGGAGGAAGCGAGUAUCAUACAUCACGUGCUAACGCAAUUAUCCCGAUAUCAGGAGGACCGUCAGAUGAACGCGACCCAGAAGUGGAAGCUCCCACCCAACGGACAGCCAAUCUGUCUGUUCAGUGGCAACACACACUCAAAGACUGUUAUACGCCCGGAUGACGAUAUAAUAUUCCGUGUGUACUGCGCCGAUCAUACGUACUGUACCCUGCGCUUCCCGAUGGCCACCACGGCCGAGGUAAUUAAGGCCUGUGCCGCCGACAAGCUGCAGAUCGCCCGACUGCCGGAGGAUUUGCUGCUGGUCGAGGUGAAAUCGAGCGGCGAGCGUGUCGUGUUUAAGGACAACGAUGUCAGCGUACCGACGGCACUCAGCUUGAAUGGACGAAUUUUCGUCUCACCCAAGGACCAUCUGGAUGCGCUGACCCCACUACCGGAGCAGGAGGUACCGACCGAAGCACCGGACGUAGACUUUGAAGCAUUAUCAACCAAGGACGUCGCCUAUCAUAUGACACUGUUCGACUGGGAUCUCUUCUGGGCUGUGCACGAGUACGAACUGCUGUACCAUACCUUUGGACGACAUCAUUUCAAUAAGAUCACCUCAAAUUUGGACGUUUUUAUCAGACGAUUCAACGAGAUCCAGUACUGGGUAGUGACGGAGAUUGUAUCAACGACGAAUCUCACCAAACGGAUGUCACUGGUGAAAAAGUUCAUCAAACUAGCGGCAUUCUGCAAGGAGUACCAGAACCUGAACGCAUUCUUUGCCAUCGUGAUGGGUCUCUCGAACACGGCCGUCUCGCGGCUAUCGAUGACGUGGGACAAACUACCGUCCAAGUUCCGGAAGCUGUUCACCGAGUACGAGGCACUGAUUGAUCCGAGCCGUAACCAUCGUGCGUAUCGCAUGUCGGUGGGAAAGCUACAACCCCCAGUCAUUCCCUUUAUGCCGCUGCUGCUCAAGGACAUGACGUUCGCCCACGAGGGCAACAAAACCAGCCUGGACGGGUUGGUGAACUUCGAGAAGAUGCACAUGAUGGCCCAAACGAUGCGUGCGGUACGCUUCUGCCGAUCACGCCACCUUGUGCUCGAUCCACCAUCGCCGAAAAAUGAGAACGAAAUCCGCAACUACAUCCGCUGCUUCCGGACGAUCGAUAACCAAAGAGUGCUCAACUCGAUGUCGCAAAAGGUGGAACCGCGUCGAUCUUAA